UUUCUGCCUUCACGCUCUUCUCUUUCACUUCACAACGUCAACGUGCUUCUCAUUCUGGACACGCAGGAAGAGACACAGGAAGAGACACAGGAAGAGACACAGGAAGAGACACAGGAAGAGACACAGGAAGAGACACAGGAACAUACACAGGAACAUACACAGGAAGAGACACAGGAAGAGACACAGGAAGAGACACAGGAAGAGACACAGGAACAUACACAGGAAGAGACACAGGAAGAGACACAGGAAGAGACACAGGAAGAGACACAGGAAGAGACACAGGAAGAGACACAGGAAGAGACACAGGAAGAGACACAGGAACACACACAGGAAGAGACACAGGAACACACACAGGAACACACACAGGAAGAGACACAGGAACACACGCAGGACGAGACACGGGGAAUUAUAACACCAGUAUGGAGGGAUGAUGACCUGGCUAGCAGCUCAACCACACAUAAUUCAGGCUGUAAGAAGGUGAUUCGGGUUUGAAUCCAUGACUCCAUGAUGAAUACACAUGUAGUUAUGAGAGACGGGCGAGUGCUGUCAAGGGCUGAGUUCUUGUCCUUGCUGAACACGUACAACUGUUUUCUGAAAGACAAGACUCAGCAGCAUCUUGUCUUCUAUGAGAGAGAUGGAGAGGUGGUGUUCGAGGGAUUCCUGAAUAUCUCCUGGGGAGUACGGCAGCCUAUCAGGCUCAAAAUACAGGAUGACAAACAACAACCGAUCACCAGCCUACUGUCACCUGACCCAGUCAGUCCAGUCAGUCCUCAUGGACGCAAGAGGGGGAUGACACGAUGGGGGGAGUUUGAAGACCUCCAUCAGAUCAAUGAGACAGAGGAGACCAACAAGCAGCAUCCUGCACAGGAGACCAGCAACCACACGACAGGGAGCUACAGGAGUUAUGAAAGCUGUACGCUGCGUCCCACCCCCACAAAGCAGAAGACGGAGGUGGAGGAGGAGCAGUCCAACCUGAUCCGCUGUAUGAGUGAUGCUUCCUUGGUGAAGAGGAGGGUGAAGAGGAGUCCCUCACAGAGGGAGAAGAACAGGCAACACUGCUUCUCCAUCAACGGACACUUCUAUAACUACAAGACGGCUAUAUUCACUCCAACCUAUGGAACAUCCACUAACGUCCGUAUCAACAGCAAAAUGACAACACAUCAGGUCAUAUCACAGCUCCUUCAGAAAUUCAAGAUAGAAAAUGAUCCUAAUGAGUUUGCCCUCUACUGUGUCCAUCAAAGUGGAGAGAAGAAGAAGCUGUCUGACUCAGAUCUGCCGCUGUGGGAGAGGCUUGUUCAGGGCCCAGCAGAGAACAUCAUGAAGAUUUUCCUCAUGGACAGAGAUGAAGAGGAAGUCAGCAACGAUGUGGCCAUGUACCUCAACCUGGAGCUGCCCAUCCUGGAGGGGGUUCUAGUGAAGCUGGAGGAAGAGGAGAACAGAGCGGUGCAGAGAAUCACCACCAAGUACAACCAGCAGCAAAUAGUAUUGUCUCAGCUUCUCAGCUCCAAGAUCACCAAGACCGAGACAGAGGUGUGAGGAGUGGACUUCACACAGACUGGACUUCACACAACACAUACCAGAACAACAGUACACAGAAUACAUGAAGGGACAUACUGUCCAGGGAAAAGGAUGUUCAAGAUUAAACUAAUUACUGUGUCCCAAAUGGCACCCUAGUCCCUAUAUAGUGCGCUACUUUAGAUCAGAGCCCUAUUCCCUAUAUAGUGCACUACUUUAGAUCAGAGCCCUAUUCCCUAUAUAGUGCACUACUUUAGACCAGGGCCCUAUUCCCUAUAUAGUGCACUACUUUAGAUCAGAGCCCUAUUCCCUAUAUAGUACACUACUUUAGACCAGAGCCCUAUUCCCUAUAUAGUGCACUACUUUAGACCAGAGCCCUAUUCCCUAUAUAGUGCACUACCUUAGACCAGGACGUUGCGCUGUAUAGGGAAUAGGGUGCCAUUUGGGACUCAGAUAUACUACACCUUAACUAAACCUGAAAGACUGCAGGAGGAAACAGAUGUCCAGGGAAGGUAUUGUUCAAUGUCAACCUGAAAGAUGAUGAUCAGUGAUGAACUGAAAGCAACAAGUAGAAAAAAGUUAAAUAUGGAAAUAUUUUUCAAUGAACCUGAUGCAUCUAAUAGAAAGCCCUUUUGGUACCAGAAGGACUAGUCAUCCCUCCAACUACACAGCUGAACUAGUAGUCAUCCCUCCAACUACACAGCUGAACUAGUAGUCAUCCCUCCACUAAGACAGCUGAACUAGUAGUCAUCCCAACACCUACACAGCUGAACUAGUAGUCAUCCCAACACCUACACAGCUGAACUAGUAGUCAUCCCUCCACCUACACAGCUGAACUAGUAGUCAUCCCUCCACCUACACAGCUAACAACUAGCUCCUGAAUGAGUUGUCAUCCCUCCACCUAGACAGCUAACUCCUGUUUCUGUAAUAGAGGCUUGACAACACAACAAAUAAAUGCUAGCUAGCUGCCAGUUUGUACACUGGUUUGUUACUGUUGAAUCAUGAAGUGAUUCAGUCAUUUUUCAAUAACACGCGGCUAGCUAACUAACUGGCUAGUGGAGGUGUUAUGAUCACUAACAUCAUGGCUGGAAUGUACUUUUUACCAAUCAGAUUACUUGUCCCGGACUAACUGUUUAAUAAGCCCUAUAAAGUGAUUGUCUGAUCAUGGCAAAGAUUAUAAUUACAUUGGGAGGUUCCUCCAGAUGCUUCAUGUUUUUCUGGAGGCCGUACAUAUAUGUUCAGCUUCCUGUGAUUACAGGAUGUGACUUAACUGGGGGUCAUAGGGGUGGUUUUGAAGAGUUUAAAAUGUGUUUUUUGUUUUCUGUUUUUUACAUAUUUGUGACCAGGGGACAGUUUUGACCCGGCAUACGAAGUCUGAAUUCAAUCUGCCCAAAAUGAUUAUUGACAUCCAUUGGUCCUAAUUGUCUUACAGUACCAGAGGCAUCUAUACUGUAUGUCCCCACCACCUUCUUCAAAAUAGUUUCCAUUCUUAACCAAAAUCCUGGAGAAAUUGGUUUUCAAACAGCUGAAUGAUUUUUAAAGUGCCAACUGUAUUUUUGACAAAUACCAAUCUGGUUUUGCAGCCCACCACAGCACAAAGACAGCGUUAGUUCAAGUGGUAAAUGAUCCUAGAGCCAACAGAGAGACAGCCUUAGUUAGAGGCAAAUGAUCCUAGAGCCAAUACAGAUGCCAAACAGCUCUAUGUCCUUGUGCUCUUGUAUUUAAAUGGUGCAUUCCUCACUGUUGACCAUGAUGUCCUUCUGGACAGACCGGAGAGGUGGGUUGGACUCUCCAGUACAAAGGUGAGUUUAGCACCUUGUGUACCGGUCAAUAAUUUUUCGUCAACCUUGGUGAACAUAACUCAGAGAAUAUACAAACUGUGUUAGUGAUUUAAAUACUUGGAUGGCUCAACUUCCUACAGCUAAAUCAAGACAGGUAAUUGUUGUUGUAGACAAAGCACAGAGAGAAUCUCAACGCACAUUUUAAUUCACAGGCAAAGACAAAACACCAGUUAAAAAAACUAGCUGUUAUUUUAGAUUCUGAACUCCGUUUUGAAUCACAGUUUAGGAAUGUGACCAAAAUAGCUUUUUACCACCUGAGGAACAUUGCCAAGGUGCAGCUGUUUCUCUCAGGCUGAUACAGAGAGACUCAUCCAUGCUUUUAUUACAAGCAGGCUUCACUACUGUAAUGCUCUCCUGUCUGGUCUACUCAAGAAAGCCAUUGGUCAACUGCAAAACAUACAGAAUGCUGCAGCGUGGGUACUGACCAAGACUAGACGGAGAGAACACAUUACACCAGUUCUAAGGUCUCUGCACUGGCUGCCUGUGAGUUUCAGAAUUAAUUGAAAGAUUAUUCUAACCCCAAUACCCACAUGCACUUAAGUUAUGUACCCAGUAGGUCCCUCAGGUCCUCUGGUACUGGCCUUUUAACUAUCCCAAAGCCUCGGACCAAGAGACAAGGAGAGGCAGCCUUUAGUUAUUAUGCCCCCAGCCUCUGGAAUAGAAUGCCAGAGAACCUGAGGGGGACCAAGAGACAAGGAGAGGCAACCUUUAAUUACUAUGCCCUCAGUCUCUGGAAUAGUCUGCCACUGUGGACAUUUUUAAAAGAGAUCAAAACACACAUUUUUAGCUUUGAUUUUCCUUAGGGUAAUUUUUGAGUCGUUCAGGUUAUAUUGUUAUUCUUUAGUUGUUUUAAAAAGCACAUUGUGUUGCAUUCCACGUCUGAAAUGUGCUGUAUAAAUAAAGUUUGAUUAGAUUUGA